UCGAGACGCAGAGAGAGAAAAGCUCGAGUUUACAAACUUUCCAUCGGGACAGAAACUCCGUCAGUCAGUGGAGCUCUGAAAACGCUCAGUGUGGGACAACAUGACAUACACCUUUUUGUUUUAGCUUUAUGACAACUUUUUAAAGACUUUGCAAGACUUUUCAAGUAGGCCGUGACUACUUUUACCAACGAAAGAAAAAAAAAAAAAAGAAAGAAAGAAAAGGAACAAAAAAAAAUACAGGCCUAACCAAAGAGGUUCCUACAACUUCCAGGAUUUUUUCCUCAGGAUCCUAGUAUUUUAAUACGAUUUUCGGGGUUUGCUUGUUUUUAUAUCUAACAAAAUGAGCAGUAACCCUCUCCAGCCGUUACCGGGCCAGCAGGGGAUCCAUGUCGCCAAAGACCUUGACACGGAUCUGGAGGCUCUGUUUAACUCCGUCAUGAACCCGAAGCCCAGCUCCUGGAGGAACAAGCAUCUGCCCGAGUCGUUUUUCAAGGAGCCGGACUCGGGCGCUCACUCUCGGCAGUCCAGCACGGACUCCGGCAGCCUCCCGCCGCGCUGCCCGGCGGUGCACGUCCGCUCGCACUCCUCCCCGGCGUCCCUGCAGCUGCCCGCGGCGCUGGGCGCUCCGAGCCCCGGGAGACACCACUCUCACAUCCGGCACCAGUCCUUCGAUGUGGCCGAGGAGCUGCCGCUGCCGCUGCCGCCGGGCUGGGAGAUGGCGUACACCCCCAGCGGGCAGAAGUACUUUCUCAAUCACGUUGAGAAGAUCACCACAUGGCAUGACCCCAGGAAGACCAUGACGCCCUCGGUGACCCAGAUGGGUCUGCACAAUCAAGCCUCCAACAACGGCAACAUACAGCAGCGCUCCAUGGCCCUCUCUCAACCCAACCUCGUGCUGAACCAGCAGGCCCAUCAGCAGCACCUCCAGCAGCAGCAGCAGCAGCCGCAGGUUCAGGUCCAGGGCUCCCAGCAGCAGAGCUCUCAGCCCAUGAUGAACAUGAGCGGCCCCAUGAGCGCCCAGCAGCACCAGCAGAAGAUGAGGCUCCAGCGCAUCCAGAUGGAGCGAGAACGCAUCCAGAGGAGACAGGAGGAGCUCUUGAGACAGGAGGUGGCGCUCCGGCAGCUGCCCAUGGACUCUGAUAAUAUGGCACCGGUGGCACCAAACAUCAGCUCUCCACCAAUGACGCAGGGCAACAUGCCCAACAACAGCUCAGACCCCUUCCUCAACAGUGGGCCGUAUCACUCGCGGGAGCAGAGCACAGACAGCGGGCUGGGACUGGGCUGCUACAGCAUCCCCACCACUCCUGAGGACUUCCUCAACAGCAUGGAGGAGAUGGACACAGGUGAGAGCAUGGUGGCGGUCAGUAUGAGCGUCCCGCCGCAGAGCCGUUUCCCAGACUUCCUGGACUCCAUGCCUGGCACAAACGUGGACCUGGGCACCCUGGAGGGAGCCGACCUCAUGCCCAUCCUCAACGACGUGGAGUCGGUCCUGAACAAGAGCGAGCCCUUCCUGACCUGGCUCUAGACUCACUCACACGACACUAAAGACUCUUUUAUAUAAAUAUAUAUAUUAUAUUAUAUAUUCAAUGAGCCUCUUCCUCUAGUUUCACGUUUUUUUAGGAGUCAGAUUCGUUCCCUCACAUCACAAUGAGUCGAAGAACAAUACCAAAGUGUUUAGCCUGCGAACAAAUAAGCGAGCACGCGUCAAUCAAAGACAAGCGUGUUUGUUGAGUAACUGAUGUUGGGUGGAUUUGAUUCUGUCUGUGUUUGUGUUCAGAAUGAUCGCAGAAACUCCUGAAUAGUGUCUGAUCAUGUUUAACAGGCGCGCCUGUGUGUUAGUACAUUUAACCCCGAGUUCGGGUUAGUCAAGCUUUACCGGCUGAAUCUCACCAAACCUGUCAACAACGCAUGGAAGCUGAUUUCCGCCAUGGAAAAAUAAAUAUAAGGUCAUUGCGAUUUUAUUCACAAUUCUUUUUUUUUCUUCAAAUCUCACAAUUCUGCAUGUGGUCAGGUGUCUAAAAAUUUGGAAACACGUAAUUGUGAGAUGUAACUGAAAAAAGUCAGAAUUACGAGAUUUAAACAAAUCUAAUAAUAAAGAUAGAAUUAUGCGAUGUGAACUCACAAUACUGACUUUUUUCUUAGAAUUGCGAGUUUAGUUCU